AUGGUCGCCACCAAACUCGACGGCACCGCCAUUGCCAAGAGCAUCCGCGAGCGCAUCGGCCGCGAGAUUGCUGAGCGUCAAAAACUGAACCCCCGCUACCGCCCCUCUCUCAAGAUUGUCCAAGUCGGUGACCGUCCCGAUUCCAGCACAUAUGUGCGCAUGAAGCUCAAGGCCGCUGAAGAGGCCAACAUUGACUGCGAGCUCAUUUCCCUCCCCGAGUCCACUUCCGAGCCCGAGAUCCUCGACCUAAUCCGCCGCCUCAACCACAACUCCUCAGUCAACGGCAUCCUUGUCCAAUUGCCUCUGCCCGCGCACCUUUCCGAGUACGCCGUGACAUCUGCCGUCGCAGAUGAGAAGGAUGUCGACGGCUUCGGCACCAACAACAUCGGUGAGCUCGCCAAGCGCGGCGGCACUCCCAUCUUCACCCCAUGCACUCCCAAGGGUGUCAUGCACCUCCUAAAAGAGGCCAACGUCGACCUGGCCGGCAAGUAUGCCGUUGUCCUCGGCCGUAGCAACAUUGUCGGCAGCCCCGUCAGCUACCUGCUGCGCAAUGCCGACGCCACCGUCACCGUCUGCCACUCCAAGACGGCUGGUCUUGAGAACCAUCUCAAGCAGGCCGACAUUGUCAUUGCUGCCAUUGGCGCUCCCCACUUUGUCAAGGGCGAGUGGCUCAAGGAGGGUGCCAUCGUUAUCGAUGUCGGUACCAACUUCGUCCCCGACGCCAGCAAAAAGUCUGGCCAGCGUCUCGUCGGCGACGUCGAGUUUGAGUCUGCUUCCCAGGUCGCCUCGGUCAUCACCCCCGUCCCCGGCGGCGUUGGCCCCAUGACCGUUGCCAUGCUUCUCGAGAACGUUGUUGAGGCGACCAACGUCUUCUUCGAAAACGAGAAGCUCCGCAAGACAGUUCCUCUGCCGCUCAAGCUCCUCGACCCUGUGCCCUCUGACAUUGCCAUUUCUCGUGCGCAGACUCCCAAGCAAAUCACCCGCAUUGCCGCCGAAGUGGGCAUCGCUCCCCACGAGCUCGAGCCUUACGGUGCAUACAAGGCCAAGGUUGACCUGGGCCUUCUUGAGCGUCUUCAACACCGCAAGAAUGGUCGCUAUGUCGUUGUUACCGGUAUUACCCCUACUCCUCUUGGUGAGGGCAAGUCCACCACCACCAUGGGUAUUGCCCAGGCCCUGGGCGCACACAUUGGCCGAGUUACUUUUGCCAACGUCCGCCAGCCUAGCCAAGGCCCUACCUUUGGAAUCAAGGGCGGCGCCGCCGGCGGUGGCUACAGCCAGGUCAUUCCCAUGGACGAGUUCAACUUGCACUUGACCGGUGACAUUCACGCCAUUACCGCUGCCAACAACCUGCUGGCCGCCGCCAUCGAGACCCGCAUCUUCCACGAGAACACCCAGAAGGAUGCUGCUCUCUUCCGUCGCCUGGUUCCCGCCAAGAACGGUGCCCGCAAGUUUGCUCCCAUCAUGUUUCGCCGCCUCAAAAAGCUGGGCAUUGACAAGGUAAAUCCUGAUGACCUCACUGAAGAGGAAGUCAGCCGCUUUGCCCGCCUUGACAUUGACCCCGAGACCAUUACCUGGAGACGUGUCCUCGAUGUCAACGAUCGCCACCUCCGUGGCAUCACUGUAGGCACCGCGCCCACUGAGAAGGGCCAGACUCGCGAGACGGGCUUUGACAUUUCCGUUGCCAGUGAAUGCAUGGCCAUUCUGGCUCUCAGCACCAGCCUGCCUGAUAUGCGCGAGCGCCUUGGCCGCAUGGUUGUUGCCACUUCUCGCAAGGGCGACCCCGUUACUUGCGACGACAUUGGUGCUGGCGGUGCCCUGACUGCUCUCAUGAAGGAUGCCAUCAAGCCCAACCUGAUGCAGACUCUCGAGGGUACCCCCGUCUUUGUUCACGCCGGUCCCUUUGCCAACAUUUCCAUUGGCCAGAGCUCCAUCAUCGCCGACAGACUUGCUCUCAAGCUUGCCGGUACGGAGCCCGAUGAGGAUGUCAACGAGAAGGCUGGUUUCGUCGUUACCGAGGCUGGCUUCGACUUUACCAUGGGCGGUGAGCGAUUCUUCAACAUCAAGUGUCGCACCUCUGGUCUUGUCCCCGACGUUGUCGUUGUCGUCGCUACUGUCCGUGCUCUCAAGGUCCACGGCGGCGGUCCUCCCAUUGCCCCUGGUGCUCCUCUGAACGCCGUCUACAGGGAAGAGAAUGUCGACAUCCUCCGUGCUGGAUGUGUCAACCUCAAGAAGCACAUUGCCAACGCCAAGUCGUUUGGCGUGCCUGUCGUUGUCGCCAUUAACAAGUUUGCCACGGAUACCGAUGCUGAAAUCCAAGUUAUCCGCGAGGAGGCUAUUGCCGCCGGUGCCGAGGACGCCAUUCUGUCGGACCACUGGGCCAAGGGCGGCGUUGGUGCCGUUGACCUGGCAAAUGGUGUCAUUGCUGCUAGCGAGAAGCCCAAGGAGCUAACGCUCACCUACAGUUUGGACGGCAGCGUACAAGAGCGCAUCGAGGCCAUUGGCAAGAAGAUGUACGGCGCCGCUGCCGUCGAGUUCAGUGAGCUGGCUCAGAAGAAGGUUGACACGUACACCAAGCAGGGCUACGGCAACCUGCCCAUCUGCAUUGCGAAGACGCAGUACUCUCUGUCGCACGACCCCGACCUGAAGGGUGCUCCCACCGGGUUUACCAUUCCCAUCCGUGAUGUACGCAUGGCCGCUGGUGCUGGAUAUCUGUAUGCUCUGGCUGCUGAUAUCCAGACCAUCCCUGGCCUGCCCACCGCUCCCGGCUACCUCAACGUUGAUGUUGAUCUGGAGACUGGCGAGAUUGACGGUCUGUUUUAA